CACUUUGAAAAGCCCUGCCAUUUAUUAUUAACACAUUCCGUUUCCUGCGUAUGCGCCCUCUUGUAGUCUACGUUGUUGCCAUGGUGACCUCGUGUAUCAACGCCACAGCCAGCGGAGGAGCCACGGACUGUAAAUAAAAAGUCCGGAUCUCACGUGUCCUGAUCGUCCUGGUUCUGAGCAGGUCACAGAUGUCUGCCAUGAAGAGAAAGUCGCUCCACACUCUGGCAGAAACUCUGUCUAAACAAGUGCAGCACUUCAGCAAGACAGAGGUGGAGGCUCUGAUCGGACUGUACCAUGACCUGCUGGGGGAGUCAGCUGCUCCGGGCAGAGCAGUCACAGGUCUGGACAGAAGCAAGUUCAGGAAUUUCCUGUUCAAAACGUUCGAGAUGACUGAUAGCAUGAUCAUGGACGAAGUUCUCUCUUUUAUUCUGUUCAAUGACCAUGACCACGAUGGGCGGUUGUCAUUUGACGACUUUGAGAAGUCAGUGAGAGAAGAGAAUCUGUUACUUGAAGCUUUUGGAAACUGCCUCCCUGACACCGAGAGUAUUGAGACAUUUGAACAGAAUGUAUUUCAGAAGAAGUGAAACCAUGAAGAAAUCAUAUUCAUGUUGGAUUUUCAGAUGUAUAUUUAAUAAUACAAACGUAUAUUGCUGUUUACAUUGAGAUAAAAAAUGUUUAAAUAAAACAAGUUGCCACAAGAAA